UCGUUUGUUUGAUCCGUUAAACCCUUCGAACCAAAAACCUCUUCCUGUGACCGAUCUUACUUUUCAUGAUCGGAGAAAAUAGCGCCAGAGGUUUUCAGAUUUGGUACUAGAAAUGAAUUCCAGAUUACUCCAAAUCCUGUAUCGCACGGCACAGAAUCGAGCAUUUACUUCUCGGGUUGGAAGUUCAGCAAACUAUUCAUGUGGCAUCACAAAUGGUGGUUUAGUUAAUCAAUUGGGUAUUCAGAAGACUUCUUUCCUCAGUAACAGUCACACUGCUUUUUCACUGGUUCGGGGACAUAAGAUGAUAAUAUGUUCUGCAGUGGCUGCAGAUUUAUCAAUAUUCUCGCAUAGCAUUGGCAUUAGGUUGGCGACAACACAAGCAAAAGCCCCCCCACAAGCACGUCAAAUGGGAGCCCUCAAAGUUUCCAUGUUGAGUCCUGGAAUUAUCUAUGAACCUUAUUCACCUCGUCAACCAAUACCAUUUUGGCAGAGAUGGUUCACAAGAAGUGGUUGGAGGAGAACAAAAGACGAUAUCAUUUUAGAGCUAAAAAGUGCUUACGCAAUUGCAAAAUUAAGAAAGAAGGGGUACUCAAAGAAACAAUUUUACGAAGAGGCAGUAAAUUUAUAUAAAGAGAUAAACACUUUGAUAGCAAAUGGUGACAAAACAUCGUUGAGGAAAGCAGUCACAGAGAAAAUGUAUUCAGCAUUGAAGAAUGAAAUCAAACUCAGAGAAUCCAAAUGGAACAAAGUUUACUGGGAAAUGAUCCUACCAGUUGUCAAGAUCCGCACGUUACGAGCUAGAUUGAUUGGUGUUGAUCGAAGUGACCUCGAAAAGGUUUUCGUUCAGCUUACCCUUGAGAUUCUUGCCAAGCAGAAGUUUGAAGCAUAUAAUGCGGAAGGUGCUGUCGUUGCUGGAGAUAAAUCUAAGGAGGUCCUUGUCCGUGAUAUCUGGGUAUUUGAGAAAUCUCUUUUUCAUGAGGGAGCUUUUUGGCGUCUCUGUGGGCGAAUUCCAAUCUAAUAUCAUCCUUCACAGUAGAAGCUUCUUUAUCCAAUUUUGUAGAUCAACAGGUUCCAUCUUUACUUUAAUAAUUUCUUUUUAUUAUUCUAUCAUAUACAAUUGUGUAGUUUAUGAAUUCACUCCUAAAUUAUGAUAUCAACACGAGAGACGUUCCUAGGAAUUUUAAUUCUAAUAAUUUUUGGUAUCUUCCUUGUUCAAGCCAUCUCUAGUAGAGAUAAGCGUGACAGUGAUUAUUCAAAUAAUUCUUUUAAUCCUUUUCCUUUCUAGUUCCCUGUUCAUCAGAAUUGCUUUCAGCUAAUUAAUAACAGUUUUCAUUUUUUU